GUGUCCAGGCCGAGAUGCACGUGUCUGUGCCCCCUCUGGUGGAGGUGAUGCGAGGGGAGCAGGUCACCCUGAGUUGCACCCCCUCGAAGAGGCCUGAGCACUUCGUGCUGGAGUGGUUCCUGGUGGAGCGCUCCGGGGCCCACCACCGCCGCCGCCGCCUGGCCUCCGCUGAGCAGCAGGGCUCCGAGCUGCACCCCAUGGUGCACGACCCUCGGGGCCGCAGUCCCCCUUACCAGCUGGACGCCCAGGGGAGCCUGGUGCUGGCCGAGGCCCAGGUGGGCGAUGAGCGGGACUACGUGUGCGUGGUGACGGCUGGGGCCGCGGGCACCGCUGAGGCCACCACGAGGCUCCGGGUGUUCGCCCAACCAGAGGCCACCGAGGUGCUCCCCAAUGAAGGGACGCUGUCCGUGAUGGACAAUGCCCCACAGAUCGCCACCUGCAGCAGCCGGAAUGGGAACCCGGCCCCGCAGAUCAGCUGGUACCGGAACGGGCGGCUCCUGGAGGUGCCCACGGAGGUGAACGAAGACGGAUACAUGACCACCCGCGUGGUCCGGGAGGCCUCAGGCCUGCAGUCCCUCUCCAGCACCCUCUACCUGCGGGUCCACAAGGCCGACCGCAACGCCAGCUUCCACUGCGCUGCUCAGUACAGCCUGCCCGGGGACCACCACGGCCGCCUGGACAGCCCCGCCUUCAACCUCACCGUGCACUAUCCCACGGAACACGUGCGUCUCUGGAUGGGCAGCCCGUCCACCACGGAGGGCUGGGUGCGCGAGGGUGACUCUGUUCAGCUGCUCUGCGAGGGUGACGGCAGCCCCAACCCGGAGUACAUGUUUUUCCGCCUGCAGGACAAGCGGGAGGAAGUGCUGAGCACAAGCUUGGAGGGGAAGCUGACCCUGGAGGGUAUCAACCGGAGCCAGAGUGGGACCUAUGGCUGCCGAGUGGAGGACUUCGAUGCCGCGGAGGACGUGCUGCUGAACCAGACGCUGGGGCUGAAAGUGGCCUACCUGGACCCCCUGGAGCUCAGCGCAGGGAAGGAGCUCUCCGUGUUUCUGAACAGCAGCCGCACGGCCGUGACCUGCUCCGCACAGGCCCGGCCCACGCCCGCUCUGCGGUGGACCAAGGACGCUGUCCCUCUGGGGGACGGACCCACGCUGUCGCUCGGCCCCUUCACCUUCGAUUCCGCUGGCACCUACGUGUGUGAGGCCUCGGUGCCCGGCGUCCCCCUCCUCAGCCGCACCCAGAGCUUCAGGCUGCUGGUCCAAGGGUCGCCAGAGUUAAGGGCGAAGGAGCUGGAGCCCAAGGUGGAGGGCAGCUGGACGGAAGGAGACGAGGUGGAGCUCAUCUGCUCCGCCCGCGGCUACCCGGAGCCCAGACUCACCUGGAGCCAUCCAGGUGGCCAGCCGGCAGAGCAGGCCCACAGCGGGCAGGGCUGGGCGAGCAGCUCGCUGAGGCUGCGCGUGACCAGUGCCCUGGGCCGAGAGGGCGUCACCUGCGAGGCCUCCAACUCCCACGGGCAGGUGCACCACGUCUUCCGCUUUGGCACUGUGGCCCCCCAGACCGAGCAGGCCGGCAUCGCCGUCAUGGCUGUGGCCAUCAGCGUGGGCCUCCUGCUGCUCGUGGUCGCCACCUUCUACUGCAUGCGACGCAAGGGACGCCCAGGCUGCUGCCGCCGCAGAGAGAAGGGGACCCCGCCUGGGGAGCCAGAGCUGAGCCGCUCCUCCGAGCGCCCAGAGCACACGGGCCUUCUCGUGGGAGGGGCCGGGGGAGGAGCCCGGGCUGGCAGCGGGGCUUUCAGAGACGAGUGCUGAGCCCAAGAUGCCUGGAGGCUCCAGGCGCCAACCGUGAGCUGUGGGCACCCAAGCACCAGCCCUGUGCCACCACCCUCCUCCCCCAGCCCGGCCAGCCCGGCCCUGUCCCUCCCUUCCUUCCUCUGGCUGCCGGGCAGGGACCCACUGCCCGGCCUGGCCUCCGGGAGGGGAGCAGGGAGGCUGGGGGCGGGGAGGGGGCCUUCCUUCAGGGAGUGUCACUCUCCCAGGCCCUAGAAUAGCUCCUGGACCCAAGCCCAGGGCCGGCCUGGGACGAGGCCGGAGGGUCCCUGGCCGGGGCUAUUUUUACCUCCUCCCCCACGCGAGUGCCCCCACCUGAGUCCUGCUACACAGUCUGACACUGGAUCCCCCGCCCACCCUCGCCCCCGGCCCUUAUAUGUGGACACUGGAUUCUGGAAUAAAUGCUGUCUGUCACAUAGA